AUGUUAUCAAAACAAUCUCCUCCUCUUUCUGUUUCUUUCUUUCUUUCUUUCCUUCUUUCCUUCUUUCUCUUUCUCUCUCUCUCUCUCUUUCUUUCUUUCUUUAAUCUUUCUUUCUCCUUAUUCUCAUAUAUGUUUUCUCUUUCGCCCUUAGUCGCAAUAAACAGACGAAAUGGUCCAUUAAGACGAAAAAUAAUUCUUCAUCAUCACCAGGUCGAACAUGCUCGGCAUUCUAUGACUCGCUGCUUCCAUUCAUUCCUUUUAUUCAUUGCAAGCUUAUUCGGUCUGCAUGUCGUCAAUCAGAUGGUCAAUGUUCAUCUUCUUUGGUCGACCUUCAUUAUCUAUCUAUCUAUCUAUCUAUCUAUCUAUCUAUCUAUCUAUCUAUCUGUGUGGGCAGUACUGUUUAUUUGUAUUUAUUUGUAUAUUUUGUUAAACUUUAUGCUAUCUAUCUAUCUAUCUAUCUAUCGAUCUAUCUAUCUAUCUAUUUGUCUGUCGGAUAAUCUGUGUAUCUAA